GGAUCUCUUGCAGGCGGUAUCACAGCAAGACCGCUCAAGCUUUCGGGAUCCAUCAAUCAUCAGCCUCUCGAACAUCCUACUCUACUACCAAAGUAGACGAUCCAACUCAAAGUGCAAAUGGCAUGAUGCGCCAGUAUGCGACCAUCGCGACAAAGGCGGCGUCGCGUCUUCAGAAGCGCGGCAAAUCACCUUUGAGUCUCGAUCAUUUCAUACAACGACAGCGAGCUCUAUCUUUAUGGAGAAAUAUACUGAGGAGCACGGCGGGUAUCUCUGACCCUGGAAUCAAGCGAGACAUGCGCCAAUUUGCUCGAUCGGAGUUUGAGCAGCACCGGAAUGUCACCGACUUGGUAUGCAAUCGCACUUUGUUCUUCGACCAGCCAUUGUUGCUAAUCCUCCAAUUCCCAGCAUCAUAUUCGAUACUUGCUCUCGCACGGGAAGACGCAGCUCGACGGAAUGAAAAGCUCGCUCAUCAAUGCGGGUCUCCUACGGUAGUGUAUGAGAAGAAAGCUGGAGCUCCACGAGAUCAUGGCAGGUUCCCCGCGCUUGUUGACGUCUUACAAGAGUCCCGUGUCUCCUGGGUACUCGGAGAUUGGCGGCGAAGAGAAAAGUCCUUCAUCCGACGAGGAACACAAGGCAUCUCUGAAGAGGUAGGCAACAAAAGGAGAGCAAUGAAACUACCUAUUCUGUGCCUCGAUCCGCCGCCUUGCCUUGUUUGAAUGUCGUCAAUUGUGAGCUGUGCUUGGGCGGAGCUGAUUGAGGUCGAGGUGUUGCACAGGCUUACCCCACUAGUUCGCGCUAAGGAAUCUCCGUUCCUGCAUCCUGCCCAGGUUUCGACGACACCUCUUGCUGCCUCGAGCCUCAAUGAUCCACCGUAGCAUAUUGUAUCACUGGGGUUUCUCUAUCACAUCGUCU